GGGUAAAGGGAGGCGAAGGGAGCCGGGGAAGCGGUUGUGCGCGCGCGCGCGCGUGUGUGCAGUGUGUCCCGGCAUCAGGGGCUCUGUGUCCUGGGCUGGCAUCUGUGCCUGUCUCUCUGGGUUGUCUCCCUCCGUGGUGUGUGUGCGCGCGCCUGCAUCGGCUGGAUGUACUGCUCUUGCUUGCCUCUCCGUCUCGAGUGUCUGUUGGAUCUGGGUGUACCGGGCUCUCUCCGUGUUGUGAGUGAGGGCAUCCGUACUCUCUAGCUCUCCCCCACCCCCACCCAGGAUGCGUGUGUGUGCGUGCCCGCUUGUGAAUCAACGUGCCCGUUGGGAUGUUGGAUGCCCGGGAUGUGGUUCUUUGUGGGUACCUGUGCCCCUCAGAGCCUGGUGGGGCUCUGUGUGCGAGUGAAUGCGAAUGUACGCGAGUGUGUGUGCGCGCGCGCGUGUGCGUGUGUGUUUGUGUGUGCGCGUGUGUGGCCCCACGCAGUGCCCGUCACUAAGGUAGCCGGGGGAGGGAGCUGCCUGUUCUCGCCGCUCUCCGCGCCGGCGCUGGCUACCGCUGACUACCCGGGCAUCCCUGGAGUCGGAAGAGGCAGGCGGGCUGCUGGCUGCGCCAAGGGGAGGGAGGGAGCCUGGUGCCCGCCCCCUCGGAGAAUGCGUGUGUGUGUAUGUGUAUGGGCACGCUCUGUCGGGCUUCCUCCGCCGGACCACAGGUCGGGCGCCCAGCAUCGCCCUCUGGCAGCACAGCACAGUCUAGCCUGCUUCGGCCCGGCUUCCCUCUCUUGGGUCCCAGCCACCCGGACCUCACCAGCAAACUACUACAGCCUGGGGGCUGCCGGGCACUCCCUCAGCCCCAGCCCCAGCCGCUAGUUCGAUGCGCUCCCGGAGACCGAAGCGGAGGGGCACUGGAAGGCGGGCCUGGUCAGGGCCAGGUCAGGGUCAGGGCCAGCGUUAGGGUCAGAGUCAGGGCCAGGCCCGUGCCUCCCGGACCGGCCACAGCUCUUAAUGCCGGUGGCCUGAACAGAGCUGGAGUCCAAGACUGACCAGAGCUGGAAUCCAAGAGCAAGACUGCUGCCCGGGACCCCAGAGCCCCACACCCACGGCAGCCUGACUCCCUGGGGCCGCCAUGGCGCUCAAGAAUGUCAAAGGGAUGCAGAAUGGUGCCGUCCCCAGUGAGGUGGCCAAACGAGACAAGAACCUCAAACGGGGCAACUGGGGCAACCAGAUUGAGUUUGUGCUGACCAGUGUGGGCUAUGCUGUGGGGUUGGGCAACGUCUGGAGAUUCCCUUAUCUGUGCUACCGCAACGGGGGAGGUGCUUUCAUGUUCCCCUACUUCAUCAUGCUGGUGUUUUGCGGCAUCCCGCUCUUCUUCAUGGAGCUCUCCUUCGGCCAGUUCGCCAGCCAGGGCUGCCUGGGGGUCUGGAGGAUAAGCCCCAUGUUCAAAGGUGUGGGCUACGGCAUGAUGGUGGUGUCCACCUACAUCGGCAUCUACUACAACGUGGUCAUCUGCAUCGCCUUCUACUACUUCUUCUCCUCCAUGACGCCCGUGCUCCCCUGGGCCUUCUGCACCAACCCCUGGAACACGCCCGACUGCGCCGGCGUCCUCGACGCCGCCAACCUCACCAACAGCUCGGGCGCGGCGCCCGGGCCCCUCAACCUCUCCCGGCUGCUCAACUACACGCUCAAGAGGACCAGCCCCAGUGAGGAGUACUGGCGGCGCUACGUGCUGAAGCUGUCUGAUGACAUCGGCAACUUUGGAGAGGUUCGGCUCCCCUUGCUUGGGUGCCUUGGAGUCUCCUGGGUGGUUGUCUUCCUCUGCCUCAUCCGAGGUGUCAAGUCCUCAGGGAAAGUGGUGUACUUCACAGCCACAUUCCCCUAUGUGGUGCUGACCAUCCUGUUUGUCCGGGGGGUCACCUUGGAAGGCGCCUUCACAGGUAUUAUGUACUACUUGACGCCGCAGUGGGACAAGAUCCUCGAGGCCAAGGUAUGGGGAGAUGCUGCCUCCCAGAUCUUCUACUCCCUGGGCUGUGCUUGGGGGGGGCUCAUUACCAUGGCUUCCUACAACAAGUUCCACAACAACUGCUACAGGGACAGCAUCAUCAUCAGCAUCACGAACUGCGCCACCAGCGUCUACGCGGGCUUCGUCAUCUUCUCCAUCCUCGGCUUCAUGGCAAACCACUUGGGGGUGGACGUGUCCCGAGUGGCUGACCACGGCCCGGGCCUGGCCUUUGUGGCGUACCCGGAAGCUCUCACCCUGCUGCCCAUCUCCCCGCUCUGGUCUCUGCUCUUCUUCUUCAUGCUUAUCCUGCUGGGCCUGGGCACUCAGUUCUGCCUUCUGGAGACUCUGGUGACUGCCGUUGUGGAUGAAGUGGGGAACGAAUGGAUCCUGAAGAAGAAAACCUACGUCACUUUGGCUGUGGCCAUCGCUGGGUUCCUGCUCGGGGUCCCCCUGACCAGCCAGGCGGGCAUCUACUGGCUCCUGCUGAUGGACAACUAUGCUGCCAGCUUCUCCUUGGUCGUCAUUUCCUGCAUCAUGUGUGUGACCAUCAUGUACAUCUAUGGACACCGGAACUACUUCCAGGACAUCCAGAUGAUGCUGGGCUUCCCACCCCCUUUCUUCUUCCAGAUGUGCUGGCGUUUUGUCUCCCCGGCCAUCAUCUUCUUCAUCCUCAUCUUCACGGUGAUCCAGUACCGGCCCAUUACCUACAACCAGUACCAGUACCCGGGCUGGGCGGUGGCCAUCGGCUUCCUCAUGGCCCUCUCCUCGGUCAUCUGCAUUCCCCUCUAUGCCCUGUUCCAGCUCUGCCGGGUGGACGGGGACACUUUUCUGCAGCGUUUGAAAAAUGCCACCACGCCGAGCAGGGACUGGGGUCCAGCCCUCCCCGAGCACCGGACGGGCCGCUAUGCCCCUGCCGCAGGCGUCUCCCCGGAGGACGGGCUGGAAGUUCAGCCCCUGCACCCAGACAAGGCCCACAACCUGCUCCGGGGCAGCAAUGGCUCUGCCCACCCCCAGGACUCCCGGAUAUAAGCCCCGUGGCAGGGACGGAGCCCAUCCAGACCCUCCCCUCCCCACCCUCCAGAGACCGCCCGGGCCGGAGGCAAGGAGCCCGCUGCCGCCACACCGCUAACCCCUGUGUGUCUCCUCCCGUCCCCCGUGUUUACGUGCGAGCCCCCCAUAUGUGCCUGGACCGAAGGGGGCAGAGGCCGGGGCGGCUCUCCCUCCCCCCUCCGUCUGGCCUCCCGCUAAGGCACGCGGGUGCUCCCCAGGAGGCUGGGAUGUGGGCAGGCUCUUGGCCUCGGAGGCUGCCGAGUGUCGCCCGGAGGCCAGAACAAGGCAAAAGCCCAAACCAGGGGCCUGUCUGGCCUCAUGGGAGCAGCCCCUUCGUGCCACCUUCUGGACCCCCGCUAGGAAGGGGAGGUGCCCAGCCUGGGCUCUGCGGGCCAGGAGGGGGCAUGCAGCUGGCUGCCCCCCCGGGUCUCCUCGCCUGGCACGUGCCCUUCCCAAGGAUGCCAAACCCCCGAAGGUGAAUUGAGGGAAGGGAGGAGGCGGGGGGACGCCGCCUCCCGGCCCGGCUCCAGGCAGUGGGAGCCCGGCGGCGCUCCUCGUGCACCCAGCCGCUGCCCCUUUAGCAUGAGCGCUCUCGUGUGGCACGCAGGGGGCACCCCGUAGGAUCCUCUUUGUGUCCAACCGUGUGUCCUUGUGGUUGCUCCCCCCCCCUCAGGCCAGGCCUAGGGUGUCUUCCAGGCUCGUCCCCCCUCCCUUGGGCCUCUCUGGGGAACGUUCCGUCCCUGCCCCCUCCUCACCCCGUCCAGAGCCCCCUGGGGUGAGCUGCGGAAGGCUCGGCCCGGGGACACCCAGGAAAGUGUCAAGUGAUGGUGCCAAACGGGCAUGUGUGGGGCCGGCGGGCACACCCCACGGCCCUGCCCAGCCCCCGUCUUCCUUGGCCUGCACAAUGGCCCCGUCCUCGGUCCCUUGCCGUGUGUGUCUCCUAAUCCCCUAUGGCCAUAAGGGGGGGGGGGGGCUCAGCCCCUGGCCCAGCCGGCCGGUGCACUGCUAGGGUUUAAUGAAAUUUUUAUUCCUGA